UCAGCGGGCUUAAUGGCUGGCCGGGCACAUAAAACGGGUGCGCACUCCUCGCCAGCUUUUAGUUGGUGCGGGCACGCGAGACGCGAAGAAACAACUCUCUCACAUCACAGCGUAAAUCGUGAAUCGGAAAUGUGCUAAAGGAUAUAGGAUAUACACACCGAGAUACAGUUACGAGAUCAUGGCCGCCUGCUACAAUGCCUACAGCGCUGGAUCGCAGUCCUUCGACUUCGACGAGGACGACGACGACGCCUCCUUCGACAGUGGCUACGAGAAGAGUUUCGAGACGGAGGCCCAGUUGAGUUCGCGUCGCCGCUUGGACUUCGGCACUCCUCCGACUCCGGCGAUCCCGCAACCCUACUCCGGCGGCACCUGGGACGCCGUACCGCUCAGCUCGCCGCCGGCGGGCUUCGUGGGACUGCUCGAUACGAGCAGCAAUCACAGCACUCGGAGCGGCAGAACGCUGGUGGAGCAUCUGAACAGCCGGGCCACGAAUGGCGCCUUCGAUCCGCCAUUGACUAGUACGCCGAUGAAGUCGCCAGAGGAUCCCGAUGCGCCGCGACCAAAACGCAAAUAUGCCGUCGGCAAAAACAGAGUAACUCGCUCGCGCAGUCCCACCCAAGUGGUGAAGAUCAAGCGAUUCCGCCGCAUGAAGGCCAAUGACCGAGAGCGCAAUCGGAUGCACAACUUGAAUGAUGCUCUGGAGAAGCUACGGGUCACUCUGCCCUCGCUGCCCGAGGAGACGAAGCUGACGAAGAUCGAGAUCCUACGGUUUGCGCACAACUAUAUCUUUGCCCUGGAGCAGGUGCUGGAAAGCGGGGGUUCAAUCAACCUGGAUCUGGAGAAGCUGCAGAACUUCACGCUGAGUGGUGAGAGGAUCACCAAGGAGCUCUUCGAUGCUCUAUUCGUGAAUCCACAGCCGUAUCCCAUGUUCGGUCGAAUGUUCCCCUAUGGCCAGGGAAUGGCGCCUCUGGCCCAGCAUCAGACUGCUCCAGCUUCGCAUGCGGAGCAGCCGCCGGCGAUGGGCGGCUUUCAGCACGGCAUGGACUACCCGCAGCAGCCACCAGGAUUCGACUUUACAGGCAGCAUGCGGUUUUACCACCAACAGCAGCAUCCGCAGCAGCAGCCGCAUCAGCCUCACCAUCUGCAGCCUAAUCCCCAGCAGGAGUCCAGCCCGCAGCAGUUCUCGCAGGAGAAAUACGAUCUCUUCAGGGGAUCCUUCGAUGCAGCUGCCAAUAUUCAUCCUACUAACUUGGACUCUGGGAUUCACCAGCAGAGCAGCUUCUACUCGCAAACACCGCCGUGGAAGGACUAUCCGGAGGAUCAGGCACAAGCGCUUGCCGUUCCACAUCCACACAGCUACAAACACUUCGCCCCACAGGUGUAGCACAGUUUUGAGGGCCAAACUACGAUCUUAGGGUUUUCAGCGUGAUAUACUAAAAGAUUGCGGGGAAUUGCAAGAAACUGAUCAAGGGGAAUGGCCAAGAGAUUGGCCCUUGACUUACUUUGAAAAGAAAACUAACGUAACUUAUGGGUCUUGUCUCGGGGUUUCCCUUCCUCACUAUUCUCAACUUCCUGGCAAUCCGUUGAUAUUGGUAAUAAGCGAGGCACCUAAUUGAC